AUGGCGUUGUCUACUGUGGUGAAGAAGAAAUCAUCAUCGAGUCUGCUGGCUCCAGGUUUCCGUUUCCACCCGACGGACGAGGAGUUGGUGCGCUACUAUCUGAGGCGGAAAGUAUGCGGCAAGGGUUUUCUAUUUGAUGCAAUUUCCGACGUCGACAUCUACAAGGCUGAGCCAUGGGAUCUACCUAGUUUCUCAAAGCUGAAGAGUAGAGAUCUUGAAUGGUAUUUCUUCAGUGUUCUAGACAAGAAGUAUGGUAAUGGAGCAAGGACCAAUCGUGCCACUGAAAAAGGAUAUUGGAAGACAACUGGAAAAGACAGGGCUGUCUACCAUAAAACACAGAUAGUUGGAAUGAAGAAAACUCUUGUUUAUCAUAUUGGUCGUGCUCCAAAGGGCCAGAGGACUAAUUGGGUUAUGCACGAGUACAGACUUGCUGACUUGGAGUUGGUGAAAGCUGGGAUCAUUCAGGAUGCAUUUGUGCUUUGCCGAGUCUUUCAGAAGAGUGGUUCAGGGCCAAAGAACGGCGAACAGUAUGGUGCACCUUUUGUGGACGAGGAAUGGGAGAAUGAUGAGUUUGAAUUUUUCCCAAAUGCUGAGGUUGUAGAAGAGGUUGACUUUGGUGAUGAUGCUUAUGUUGAUGGCGAUGACCUUCAGCAGAUUCUUGCAUCAGCAGAUGUUCCAUAUGAUGUUUCUCCUCCAUUGGAUCCCAAACCUGCCAAUGGCAAACCUGACCUGCAGACUGCAGAGUCCAUCAAUGACACCCCAAAUCCAUUGCUGACUGCCAGUGAACAAUAUUGUGAAUUUGAGCAGCAGCAUGAAAUGGAUGCAAUGGCAGUGAAGCAUGAACAUGUAGGAGGAGAAUCGAGCAAAUCUCACGACCCGUCUGAUGAUUUGUUGGAUUACUUACUUGAUGAACCAUUUGUUGAUGCUCCUGAUGGUCUUCCUUACAGCAAUGGAGGAUUUCUUGAAGCUAAUGAUCUCACAAAUCCUGUUGAUAAUAAUAAUACCUCUGCUUUUGAUAUGCUUGAGGAAUACCUUACAUUUUUUGAUGCCAUUGACAACAAUACAGAGCAGUUUGUGUUUGAUCCUUCACUGAUGCUGGGAACUGAAGAUCUUGUUUCUGACCGGGCUUUGGUCUCUACAGAGGAUCUGAAUGACGGGAACGAGCAAUCGGGUAUGCAAAAUGGAUUUCUUAAGAAUUUCUCAAGAUCGACCCUCGGGGACAAGGGACAUAAUAGGGCGAGGGUAUUGUCAUGGCUAGAGAUUCAAAAGGGGAGAAGAGUCACUAGAGACGACAGCAAGGAAAGCCUUGGAUUUAUCAGAGGAGAAGAAGUGGCUGAAAAGGAAUUGGGAACGAUCGAGGUUAAAGCCCAAGGCAUUGGGAUGUAUAUUCACGCAGCUAUUGGGCUAAAGAAAAUUGAAGGGGUUGGGCCGGAUAUGGCAACUAAGCCCAACAAGGAGUUACAGCCAAUUAUUAAGGAAACUCAGUUGUUUUCCUCCCUCAUUCUCUUUCACUCUCUUCCAUCUAAUCUAUCUUCUUCCUCAACAAUUCUCUACUACAAUUGA